AUGCGGUCGGAAAGGCUAUUUCCCAGCACGGCAUUUUCUGAGCAUGCCACACCACUUUCACUAUUGGAUGCGACUACAGCCGAUUUUGCCGCCACCUCGGUUGUCUGGCUCUUUGAGCGACCGACAGAGCUUGAACUCCCAUUUUAUCUAUUUGAGCACUUUCGGCAAUCCGUUCGAAUAGCUCUUGACGCAUAUCCCCAAUUCUCCGGUCAAUUGAAGAGCAUUGAAACAUUGGACCCGACCAAACUACGAAAAGAAGAACAAGAAUUUCCACCACAUGCCCGGCGCUUUGGUCGAGUUUAUUCGCAUUGCGGCACCUCUGAGGAUCCGGGGGUCGAGUUUAUCACUGCGACCAUCGAUGCCACUUUGGAGAGCCUCAGUCCGGCUUCGCGAACUAUUAAUCAACCGCUCUUUGAUCGCAAGAGGGUCUCCCUCAAUGCCCUUGUUCCCUCCACUCGCCUAGCUAAUUGUCUCCAGUUAAGCACUUCAUAUGAGGCAGGUAGACUUCUGCCUGUGAUGGCUAUCCAAGUAACAGUGUUGGGUUGUGGAGGCUUUGCGCUAGCCGUCAAGGUUUCACAUCCUCUGGCAGAUAUUCAUGCACUCAUAGCUUUUGUGAAAGAUUGGGCACGGAUUAGCCGAUGGAUGCUGUCUGGGCAAGAUGGACCCCGACCACUUCUCGAUCCCAUUUUUGAUCCGUCGCAAUUAGAUGGCAUGGCAAUAGGAGAUAUCAAUGCGAGCAGGCCGGACCCUCAGGUCCUCACACAAUCCGCAACAUUCCCUCUCCAUCGCUAUGACUGGUGGGCUGCACCAGCGCAAUGUCCCUGGGUACAUGAGAUUCCCGAGCCCUUUCGAGAUCAAAACCUGGCUCCGGUCGGCAAGGAAAUGCCCUGGUCUGACUGGGACUUCGAUGCUCCCAUGUCACAUUAUCUCGUGCAUUUGAAUCGUCAGCAAGUGGAUUGGAUCUGGAAUAAUACAAUCAAGGGACUCGAUCAGAGUCAAACGGACAAUCGAAUCAGCCGGCACGAUGCGGUUCUGGCCCAUCUGUGGUCUUGCAUCACUCGUGCCCGUAAUCAACAAGACGAUGCCGGUCUGGUGCAUUGCAAUCUAGCCUUUGGGACACGAUCUGCUCUCGGACUCCAAGACUCCUUUAUCGGAUCACCGGUCAUGAUGCUGAAUAUCGAGAUGACUGGGACGGAAUUAGCUUCGUCCCGGAUUCCCCGGCAGGUGCAACAGCUUUCGAUCGCGCAACGCAUUCGCCAGACCAUCAGCCAGAUGAACAACUCCACGGCAUUGGGCUCACACAUCCACAGUCAGCGCCAUCUGAUUGUGACUAGCUGGGCUCGCGCGGGGCUCUACGAGAUCGAUUUUGGGUCGAGCGUGUCGCCAUGCAUACGCUAUGCGGAGGGUGUGAUUCCCAACUUAGAUGGCGAUGUGGUGAUCAAGGAUGCACCCCCUUCCCAGGGUUGUGAAGGAUCAGGGGACAACAAGGGUAAUAUUGGCACGGCUUGGACAGACCAUGGCGUGGAUAUCACGCUACAUCUUCGGAGUGAGGAUAUGGAACGCUUGAUUCGAGAUCCGCGGCUACUCCCACAAGCCAUUUGA